AUGGAAAAGCCCAGCAGGGGUACUACUCUGUUGAUAUACGAGAAAGUCUCCAAUGUGUUGGUAACUUCCAGCAGCACAGACUUGGUUGAGUUCAGUGCUUCUGUCUCUCUGUCCUGCUCUGCCUCUGGAUCCUCUCUCUCUUUCCUCUGGUUGAACGGCAGCUCUGAGGUUACAGCAAGUGACAGAGUUCAGCUCACUGAUGGAGGCUCCAGUCUGACUAUAAUCAAUGUGACCCGCUUUGACCAGGGACCAUUCAGGUGUCGUGUGUCCAACCCUGUCAGUACUGGUACCAGUGAUCCAGUAAACCUCUCCAUCAGCUAUGGCCCAGAAAAUAUCAAUUUGAUCUUAUCUCCACCACAAGGAUACUUUGCUGUGGGGUCAGACAUCAGCCUCACCUGCUCAGUUGGAUCCAGACCUCCUGCCCAGUUUAACUGGUUUCUGAAUGGAGAUCAGCUGCUUGAUACUGGAUCAGAGCUCAGACUGAUGAAUGUUAACAUGAGUAACAGUGGAAACUACAGCUGUCAGGCCUUUAACAACAAAACUCUGAGAUCUCAAACAUCUGAGCCUUCAGCCAUCACUGUGCUGGAGGAAAUAUCAGGUGCUUCUGUCAAACCAUCAAUAAACCUGCCAGUUGACGGAACCUCUGUCAGAUUAACCUGUGAGGCUUCUGGCUCAGUCUUUACAAGGAUCUGGAUGAAGGAUGGCUCCGAACUGACCCCGACUGACAACAUGAUCCUUUUUGAUAAUAACAGAGUGUUGACCUUUAACACUGUGAAGAGGAAAGACAGUGGAGAAUAUUUCUGCCAGAUCAGCAACCCCAUCAGCAGUGAUGAAGCUAAAUACAUCAUGACUGUUAAUUAUGGACCAGAAAAUGUUCAAAUCAAAGGUCCAAAUGAGAUAAAUAUCAAAGGCACCUUAAAACUGAUCUGCUCUGCUGAAUCCACACCAACUGCCAGAUUUAGCUGGUUGCGUAAUGGUGUAGAAAUCCUCACCAAUUCUGCUGAGUACAUUAAAGAAGAGGUUGAACUUUCUGAUAGUGGCAACUACACCUGUCAAGCCUGGAAUAAUAUAACUGAGAGUAACAUCAUCAUCAGUGGUGCAUGGACUGACUGUAACAGAGAAAUCAUCAGGAUGUGCUGCUGGUUGCAUCGCUGGAAUAGUAAUCGCAUGUUGUGUCAUCGUCGCUGCAGCUGUUGGUGGAGGGUACUACAUUUAUAAGAAAAAAUUCAACAAAAAUCCUCAGAAGCAAAACACAGAACAAGAUGAAAAUAUGUAUGAGAACAUUUCCAUUACAAGAAAAUAAAAAAUAUAAACCCAGUGAUGACCUUGACAUUUAAAGGUAAGUUUGACAUUUGUUCUCAAUGUUAUUUAAGAAGGAACUAUUUUGUUAAUUAACAAGAAUAAUUUUCUAUUUCUGUAGAUGAUGCAUUUUUAGAAGUCUUCACCUGCUGCAGGAGGAGUAACAUUAUAAUUUUCAUUGGCUUGAGAUCAUAUAAAGUUAAACAAGAUAUGUUAAGAUUUUUUUACCUAAUAGAUUAUUACUCUUCAUCUCAAAUAACUAUUAAUACUUUCUCUGUAAUAAAUCUUCUAAUAUUCAAGUCGCUACUUUAUUUUAAAUAUUUAUAAAACAAUCAACACAUCACAGUUGUGUCUAUAUGUUUAUAUAAACUUAUUACUUAUCAGUUACCAACUGUAGUAUAAUAAUUACAUGACUUUGCACGUUAAUGUUAAAAUCUACCUUCAGAGUGAUGUCCAAACUGUGGACCGUGGCCUCUUGUUGGGACUGCAGGUGUGCCGCAGUGAUAACAGAAAUUCAGUUUGAAAUUAUAGUAUUUACAGGUAUAUAUUUAUGUAAAUUUAAUUAAAAAGGGAAAGUUAUAAAAAGCUUCAAGUAAAACUGGUAACAGGAGUUUGUUAGUUUGGUAUUUCAUAAAUUACUCUGACAUUGAGUCUCUCAUCUUUGUUUCUCAGUUGCUUUGCACAUGAAUGGGUAGCAUUAGCAAUUUUUAGCCAACCGCCUGUGUUGUUUGCAUGUAUCGAAUAAAACAUUCAAUGAAAUACUUCGCUCUUUCUCUUGUAUUUUAAUUAGAGUGAAGAUUCAACAUUGGAUGGACCCCACAGGAUUUUCUGGUUUUUAAGUCAAAAAACAGUUGGCUGAAGGUUUUUUAGCCACUGAUAAGACCUUACAGUGUGCAAAGGAUGAAAGUCCAAACUCAGAGUCAGCCUAAUGAGUCAGUCGGUUCAGUAUGAUUCAGUAGUUUUAGGGCCUAGGAGAUUCAUCAGUACUGGAGAAUAAUGGGUAUUAUUGGGAGUUUCUCAGAAGGCAGUGCGUCAUGUUUUUAGUGUUCUUUGUCUCAACCUCAGGAGACAAAGCUGAUUGAACACAAUCCACCUUGUGUAAUAUAUAUAAUUGUUAAAUGGCUAAAUAGUUCAAUGAAAUGCUAUAGCAGAUUAGCCAGUGAUGUUGGGCUACAUGUUUUUUCGUGGUUUUUGAGUGGUCACUUUAACAGUGUUUCACAGUGCUCCAACCUCUGACUGUCCUCUCUAUUAUGCAGGAAUAAAACUGUUCAUAACAUAUUGCUAUAAAACCAAAUGUUAUACUUCUUAUAAAUCACACAAAGAUGAGAAAGGGUAGAAACUUUUAUCAAAAUCUUAUAUAAAACUUAUAGAUUCAGGCAACUGUUUGGCUGAGUCCUCACAUCAUUGUUCAAUUCUGUUCAAUUUUAUUUAUAUAGUGCCAAAUCACAACAACAAUUGCCUCAAAGCGCUUUAUAUUAUAAGGUAAACCAUACAGUUACAGAUAUAAAGAAAAACCCGACAAUCAUAUGACUCCAUGUGAGCAGGCACUUUGGUGAAAGUGGGAAAGAAAAUCUCCUUUUUAACAGGAAGAAACCUCCGACAGAACCAGGCUCAGGGAGGGGCGGGGCCAUCUGCUGUGACCCUCGAAUACAUGCCUGGAGUGUGUAUUACCAUGGGAGUAUUAAAUGGAUUUCAUCCAUAACCCAGCAUGUUUGUAGGUUUAUUUAUUUAACAAGCAGCAGCACCUCAGAGUUCUGGUUACCCUGCAAAUUGUCAGUGAAUAUCUGCAAAUGUUGUUGUUUUAAUUUGUGUCCCUUUUAUAUGAAUGUGCUCAGGAACUCAUUGUCUUAAAACUCACUUAUGUUUCUAGUUUUAGCAUUUUAAUAGAGCAGUUCCAUGUGCAGUUCCACAUAAUUAUUAAGAUUCACACUCCCUUGCUACCUCCCAGAGUCCUUGAAGAGACAAAAGACUCUUCCUGUGGAGUUGUGUGCUUCCUCCAACUUUCCUACUAGACCCCCACCAUUUGUCUUACUGUAUGAGUGUGAGACAUGUUAAAAUCCAGUGGC